AUGAAAAUAACUAAAAGAACAAGCAAAACUUGUCAAAAUAUCCAAAUUCUGGACGAAAGAAUUUUAUUUUAUUUCAAUAUUCAGGCAUUGUUUUUUUUGGAAAUAUUUGUGUUCAGCUAUGGAGGCUCCUAUGGUGUGGAUAAUGGGCGGUCCGGGCAGCGGCAAAGGAACUCAGGCGCAGAAAAUUGAGAAGCAAUAUGGUUUCAAGCAUAUCGACCCCGUCGCAUUGAUCGAAUCGGAGAUAGCAUCGAAAAGCAGUGCUGGCAACAGCUUCGCAGAACUCGUAUCAGCAGGAUCUCCGAUUCCCUUGCCACAGAUUGUACCCUUGAUUGAAAAACAAUUGAUGAGCCAUCGUGGUGCACUCAAGGGCUUCGUCAUUGAUGGAUACCCCGCCGAUUUGAAGGAGGCUGAAAUAUUGGAGAAUGGAUUUGGGACGCCGCAAUUAAUUAUUGCGCUGGAUUUGGACCAGGAAGCCGGAAGUACACGCAGCUCAUCUAGUCCCACUGCACGUCCAAGUCUACCAAUGUACAUAGAAAGCUCUAAAGCGGUUUUGAAAAAAUACUCGCAGGCCACUUUGAAAAUCGAUGCUACCCAAGAGCCGGACGCCAUGUUUCAGGAAAUCAAGUUAAAUAUGGAUAAGAUCGUGCAGCGUCAGCCACGAGUGGAAAUAGCACGCUAG